AUCACAAUAAUCUCUCUCUCUCUCUCUCUCUCUUCUUCUUCUUCUUCUUCAAAAGCUCAUGUUGUUUCAGUAGCGAACAUCUUGUUUGACCAAAGUCAAAGGUCGUAAAUUUCACCGGAAAAAGAAGAGAGAAGAGAGAUGGGAAGAGCACCUUGUUGCGACAAGGCCAAUGUAAAGAAAGGGCCAUGGUCUCCUGAAGAAGAUGCUAAGCUCAAAUCCCACAUAGAGACGCAUGGCACAGGCGGUAAUUGGAUCGCUUUGCCUCACAAGAUCGGGUUGAGGAGAUGUGGAAAGAGUUGCCGUCUAAGGUGGUUGAACUACCUAAGGCCGAAUAUAAGGCAUGGAGGCUUCUCCCAAGAGGAAGAUAACAUCAUUUGCAGCCUCUACAUUAGCAUUGGAAGCAGGUGGUCUGCUAUUGCAUCACAAUUACCGGGAAGAACGGAUAACGAUAUAAAGAACUACUGGAACACGAGGCUGAAGAAGAGGUUCCUCGGUAACCAACUGAACAGCAGCGGUUACAUGAACAUGACGAAGCAAGGAGUGGACAAAGAUGCCAUGGUUACAUCUUCUAUCACUAGCAUCAACCAUAACAUCCAUGAUCAUGAUGUCAAGGAAAAACCUCCUUAUUGGGAAAGAGAAUUCCCUUGCAAUCUCCCAAACCAAUCUUUACCCUUCAAAGACUUUCUCUUCGAGCCGGAUGGGCGCUUCUCCAGUGGAGAUGACAGUCAAGGACUGAUGGCCGAUGGGAAUAGCUUCUCAUCAUUCCGACCCAUUCCUUCUCCAUUGCAUCCGGCCUCAUCCAUGAACCAUACAACGCCUCAGAUACAUUUCCAAACCCGAUUUGGUACUGAUCAAAGCGAGACGGGUUUUCAGGCAAUGCAAGGGCGGAGCGAGAUCAACCACAGCGAAGUGUUUCCGUUUACCGACACAAUGACUUGUGAAGCAAGUAACACCGGUUCUUGGGGUUACUUCACAUCUCUAAUGACUCUCCCACCUCUUUGCCCUUCAUCAGAUAACUACAACCUUACUAUGCAUCCAAAGGUAUUGCACUAGCAGAUUGUGGCCUUCGGAUAGAUGAACCUUGGGUUUUAUCUUUCCGUAAAUACCGAUCGGUGUUGCAGUUAGUAGUGUAAUUACCUCUUGGAUGUAUAAAUUAAUGAAAUAUUAAGAUACAGAAAUGAAUGG